UGGCUGCUCAAGAGGCAGGGAUGGGGGUCAUCCCAGGGGGUGUUCAGCCCCUACCUCCCAACCCCGGGGGCCAAGCGUUCGCCCGCCCCCCAAGAGAUGCAGCGCAAGGGCGACCCUGCUGAAACCAUGGUGCUGCCCGUUCCCGGGGAGCCAGGUGAGAACCUGCGGCGGCUCCGGCUGCGGAAAGUCUUGCUGGGAGAAGAGAAGAAGCUGGCUGGGUGGGCACUGGGCACUGCCCUUCUGGGCAUCCUGCUGAUGAUUUUGCACACCGAGCUGGCCUGGUUCGGACACUGCCAGUGGUUUGCCUAUUCCUUCAUGGUGAAGUGCCUUAUCACUCUAUCCACAGCUGGACUGCUGAUUCUUAUCCUGGCCUUUCAUAUCAAAGAGAUCCAGCUCUUCAUGCUGGACAACUCCCUGCGCGACUGGCAGAUUGCAGUUAGUGCCUCCAAGCUGGGUCUCCUGGGGCUCGAGCUCCUGGUCUGCUCCUUUCACCCCUUUCCUGUGGGAGACUUCCCCUGCCUGGACCCCAAACCCACAAAGACGUUUGUGUUCCUCUCCGACGCCGACAUGUUUCUGUCACUGCUCAUGUUCCUCCGGCUGUACCUGGUGCCUCGGGCCGUGCUGUUGCGGAGCAGCGUGCUGGGCGAUGCCUCGUACCGCAGCAUCGGGUCCCUCAACAAGAUCCAUUUCCAGUAUCCCUUCGUGUUGAGGGUGAUGGUCAACAGCCAGCCGGGGCGGGUGCUGCUGAUCUUCGCCAUGGGACUUUGGAUCAUUGCUUUUUGGGUCCUGUCUGUCUGUGAAAGACAGCACAUGGAAAGCGGAGACUACCUGGGCAAAACAGUUUGGCUGAUUCCCAUCACGUUCCUCACCAUCGGCUAUGGGGAUGUGGUGCCAGUGACAGUGUGCGGCAAGGUUGUGUGUCUGUUCACUGGCGUUAUGGGGGUGGGCUGCACGGCGCUCCUGGUGGCUGUUGCGGCGGAUAAGCUGGAGUUCAGCCGGGCGGAGAAGCACGUUCACAAUUUCAUGAUGGACAUACAGUGCACCAAAGAGAUGAAAUGUUCGGCUGCCAAUGUGCUGCAGGAGGCUUGGUUGCUAUACAAGCACACGAAAAGGAAGGACGGACGAAGAGCACGCCAGCACCAUCGGAAGCUGCUAUCGGCCAUCCACAUGUUCCGGCAUAUGCGGGUGAAACACCGGAAGAUCCGCGAUCAAGUUAACACAAUGGUGGAUGUUUCGAAGAUGCAAAUGAUCAUGUAUGACCUCAGCGCCAACCUCAGCAACUCUCACCGGGAGCUGGAGAAGCGGAUCGAGGCCUUGGACGGCAAACUGGAUGAGGCCAUGAAGCUGCUCUCGGCCCUGGUGGAGUCUAAGCAGCAACAGCAAGACCUCUGACCUCCGGCACAGCCAACCAGCUACCUACUGAGAUAAUUUUUGAUCUCAAGAGUUUAGACCAUCCACUCAACGCCGAAGCCUCAGGCCAGACAGACUUUAAAAUCCUCUUUUUAUCCUGGACUUUACGGCAGAGUGGCGAGGGAAAUGAAUGGACUAUACUCCCACCUUGUGGCAGAGGUGAAUCACUGCAGCCUUUUAAAAAAUUCAGUCACCGUGCUGUAACUGUCUCCGAAUCAAAAAGAACCAGAGAAGCGGUGCUUGGACUGUGCUGAAAACCUCAAAAUGAAGGCGUGAAGAUGGGCGUAUCUUGCGAAAAGUAUUCGGGAUUCAGAUCAGAGGAUGAAACAUCCACUUUCCCCCCAACAGGACGGGAGCAGUUCAGUGAUAAAAAAAAAUGUUACGGUAGAGGCAUGAAAGGAUAGCAGAGGAAAGGUUUACAGCAAUGGGAUUGAAAGAUGGGAUCUCAAGUGGUAGGAAUUAAAGAGGGGUUUGUUGCACACAUUCUAUGGGAUGUGGGGGAGGAUGCCUAAGUACAAGCUUGCAGGCAAAUCAUUUGCCUAGUCACCAGUGGUGAGCAACAGCUGCCUCAAGACGACCAGUAAGGGAUGCUCAUACAUAUUAGGUGACAAGCAGGCACAGGUUUUUAACAAUUAUUUUAAGGCAAUUAAUACUGCACAAAUGAUCACCCUAGACAUGCAAAGAGUAGGCAGAUGUAAAUUCAUGGGUUAGUAACUCUGGGGAUUAGUAAAGUUUUGUUAGCCCUCUCUUAAGUGAAUGCUGCACAAGUCGGGACAACGUGCCUUAAAUGUCCUGCCCUAUGUAUGAAGCAACUGGGCUGUGAUAACAGAACACCCGAGACCGAAUCGUCUAAAGUUCUUUGCAUUACAGGCUGGUGCACCCUGGUGAAGGGAAGUUCUGGGCCACAUGUAGGAGUAACCAAGUACUAGGAUUAAUGGAACUGAUCCACCGACAAAUGCAAGCAAGGGUUCCCCUCUUCUCCUGACGGAACUCUGCAGUCCACAGCCCGAAUCUUGCAAUGGCUGAAGCUUGCAGACAUACCCUUUUGCCAGGAAAGAGUACACGGAAGGGUGUGCCUGCAGCAGACGUUGGAGAUAGGAGUUUUUGAGCAUUCUCAGGGCUUGUGGGCACCAGACGCUGCUUGACAAUAAUCCUCACCAUACACAGCAGCUGCCUGUCAGCAUCAAACAAAGAUUGCCUUUAUCUCUCGGGUGGAAAUUGUCUUAAUACUCAACAAAAAGCCAUGGGGGGACAGGGGGCUGUUCUUGGCCUACUGCAAAGAAAUCAGAUUCGGCUGCCUAGCAAGCCGUGUUUUUCACGUAACCUGCAGCAGCCCCAGCCUACCUCACAGGGUUGUUGUGAGGAUAAAAGAAUGACUUGUAACCCCAACCCCCUCGGAGGGGAAAAGAAAUCCAGCUCAAUAAAUGCAU